AUGGGAGAGAGCAACAAUGUGACAGAAUUUGUCCUCAUGGGACUCACUCAAGAUCCUGCUGGGCAAAAAAUUUUAUUUGUCAUGUUUUUACUCAUCUACAUUGUGACAGUGGUGGGAAACCUGCUCAUUGUAGUGACAGUGAUAGCCAGCCCCUCCUUGGGCUCCCCAAUGUAUUUCUUCCUUGCCUGUCUUUCAUUCCUGGACAUUGUUUAUUCCACUUCUAUUUCACCCAAGUUGAUUAUGGACUUAGUAUGUGAUAAGAAGACAGUCUCCUUCACAGCUUGCCUGAGCCAGCUUUUUAUAGAGCAUUUAUUUGGUGGUACUGAGAUUGUCAUUCUUGUGGCAAUGGCCUAUGAUCGCUAUGUAGCUAUCUGUAAACCACUGCAUUAUUUGACCAUCAUGAAUCGACGCGUUUGUUUCAUCUUGUUGAUAUUUUCCUGGCUUGGAGGCUUUACACACUCCCUAAUUCAAAUUAUCUUUGUUUUCAACCUUCCUUUUUGUGGUCCCAAUGUAAUUGACCAUUUUAUGUGUGACAUGUCCCCAUUAUUGGGACUUGUGUGUACUGACACCUACUUAAUUGGUCUCACUCUCAUCGCCAAUGGUGGAGCCAUGUGCAUUAUUGUCUUUAUACUCCUCAUAUUGUCCUAUGGAAUCAUCCUAAGAUCUCUCAAGAAUCACAGUCAGGAAGGGAAGCGAAAAGCCCUGUCCACCUGUAGCUCCCACAUCAUGGUGGUUGUCCUCUUCUUUGUUCCCUGCAUUUUUAUGUAUGCCAGACCCAUUUAUAACUUUUCUAUUGACAAAUUUAUUACUGUAUUUUAUACAGUUUUUACUCCAAUGCUAAAUCCUUUAAUAUACACUCUGAGAAAUUCAGAGAUGAAAAACUGUAUGGAAAAACUCUGGUAUAAAAUGUUAACUACAGAUAGAGUGAGAAUGUCUUCUCAAUAA